AUGGCCAGCCUGCGGCUCACCCGCGCGGAGCGUGCGGACCUCAGACAGUUUGUUCAUGUUGAAGUUUCUCCAAAGAAGCAGAGUCUGGCGCUGCUCUGCGACCGGGUGGAGACGAAGAUAUUCGACACCCUGCACAAGAUACGGUCCAAAGACCCAGCUAUCUAUGACAAGGGCAAGGUGUUUUUCGACGACGCCGACUUCCAGGAGAGCAAGGACGCCGCGAAGAAGAGCGCGGGCUCGAGCGAGAAGAAGGGGAUGAAGUACAAGGAUUUCCUCCGGGAGACCCUGAUGAAAGAAGGAGCCGACGCCAUAGUCAAGGAGGAGGAGCGCCUGGAGAAGAAGGCUCAGAAGGCCAAAGGAAAGAUGAAGACGCCUGAAGAGGAGCAGAAGGACCUGCGGGCGGAGAUCUUGUCCGCGGCGAAAGGUCUUGAUGAAGAUGCUCAGUCCGACGACGACCUGUUCACCAUCAAGGUAAAGACGCCAAAGGAGAAAGAGCAGGAGGAGGCAGAGCUCGACUCCUUCGCAAAGCGCAUGAAGACGGACAGCAAAGGCGACGCCGACGAUAUCAUGACCAGAUAUUGGAAGGCUGACGAAGACUUGGAUGACAGCGAGUGCUUCUUGCGCGAUUUCAUCCUCAACGAGGAGUGGAAGGAGACUACGUCAAUACAGGCGUCGUCUUCCCGCGCGGGCGCGAAAGACCACGGCAGCGAGGACGAGGAGGAGCACCUCGAAGAUGCGGACGAGUUCGAGAAGGAGUACAACUUCCGCUUCGAGGUGGAGGAGGGGCAGCAGAUCCAGAGCUAUUCCCGCUUCCAAGAGUCGUCCGUGCGGCAACGUCCUGACAAGCGAAAGCGGCAGCGCGCUGCAAAAGCUGAUCGCAAGGAGUCGGAGAAGAUCCGGCGCACCGAGGAGCUGAAGCGCCUGAAGAACCUGAAGAAGCAGGAGAUCAGGCGGCGCCUGGAGCAGAUCAAGGAGGUCACCGGGAACGAGGACCGCGCUCCGCCGGACGGGCACGGCGCGCUGGAGUCGAAGCUGUGA